GAAUCAACUCCAAGCAUGGAACACACACAGAUCAGGGCAAAGCUCAAUGCCUCCACAGUUACACAAUUUAUCCUUCUGGGAUUUUCUGAAAUUCCCAAUCUCCAGUGGUUUCUGUUUGGAAUGUUUUCCAUAAUUUACUUGAUUAUCCUAAUUGGAAAUAGCUUCAUUGCUGUGAUAACUAGAAUUGAUCCUGCACUUCAGAAGCCCAUGUAUUUUUUCCUGGCAAAUUUUUCUUUUCUGGAAAUCUGUUAUGUAUCAGUCACUCUUCCUCGAAUUCUGUUCAACAUUGCUACUCAAGACAGACACAUUUCUCUGCUAAGUUGUGCCAUGCAAACAUACUUCUUCCUUAUGCUGGGAUCCACUGAGUGUUUCCUGCUGGCUGUGAUGUCCUAUGACCGCUAUGUGGCCAUCUGCAACCCUCUGCACUAUCCUCUGGUCAUGAACCCAACAAAGUGCACUCAGCUGGCAGCAGGCUCCUGGCUUGGUGGCAUCCCAGUCCAGAUAGAACAAACCUGUCAGAUAUUCUCUCUACAUUUUUGCAAUUCUAACCAAAUCAAUCACUUCUUCUGUGACAUACCGCCCAUUCUCAAGCUGGCCUGUGGAGACACGACAAUUAAUGAGCUAUCUGUCUAUUUAGUGGCUAUACUAUUUGCUGCAGUUCCCUUUAUGAUGAUACUUGCCUCUUACAUCAAAAUUUUUUCCACCAUUCUGAAGUUGCCAACAGCCACAGGACACGCAAAAGCCUUCUCAACAUGUUCUUCCCAUUUGCUUGUGGUGUUUUUGUUUUUUGGAUCAGCUACUGUUACAUACUCAAGGCCAAAGUCAAGCCAUUCUCCAGGAGUUGACAAAGUCUUCUCUCUAUUCUACACCAUUGUGACUCCUUUGUUCAACCCCCUGAUAUACAGCUUCAGAAACAAGGAUGUGAUUGUUGCCCUUAGAAAACUGUUAUGUAGAAAACAAUGUCACAGUGUGUGCCUUAAAGUCUAA